AUGACCGACGGGUGGGAUGCUCAAUGUAAGGUAUUUCUGGACCAACACAAGUGUCUGCAAAACUUAUGCAUAACAGGAGUGGAUGGCCAUGCUUUUGGUACAUCUAGUCCCGAUUUUCGAAUACCCUGUGAUCUGGUUCUCAAACUUAUACCUGCCCUGACUGAUUGCAGUAAAACCUCCUUCAACUUCAUGGAUGAAAAAUAUAUCAUAUUAACGCGUGAUCCACAUUGGCUUAUCAGCAAGUGUGGCAAGAAAACCAUUAUACUUUACUGCACCGGGAGAAUUUGCUUGUUCGGACAGGCUAUUGAUGGUGAUAUGAAUAACUGUAAUCCUGGAAACUUGGCAAUGAGCCUUAUUUGCGAUUUUUACAAGAAGAGUGGUUUCUAA